CCCUGGGGAUGUCGAAGCGGCUGCGGUGGCAGGGCCCGCCUGGGCGCCCGGCUGUGUGCCGCGGAGUUGUGCGCCCGAAAUGGCCCCCGACUCGCCCGCACUCUCUUCUGUCGGAGAAGGUGGUGGAAAUUGCCAUCUCCGUUUUGUAGCGCGAGACGGGGAGGGGAAGGGCGGGAGCUGUUUUCUAAGAAAGGUGGGUCGGGGAGGCGCCCCGCGGCCGAGCCCCCCCUGCGGAGUCCUGCGGGUGACCUUGGCGGUCCCGGAGCCCAGCGGCGCCCUGCACCCGCGCCCGGCUCGCCGACGUGUGGAGUCGGGAUGUGGCGCUCGGCAGCGCACCCCCGGAGGAGGUGGCGGCGGCCUGGCCUGGCCUUGGACCAGGAGGCGCGCAGUCGAGGACCUCGGCUCAGCAGGUUCUCCUGGGGGGCUUCUCAACAGGUGUCAGCUCCCAGAGCACCGCCUGUUCCCUGUCUGUCCAGGCCAGCAGCUGGAGUCUCACCUCCCUCUCUUCUCUGAGUAGCAGGGAUUUGAGGAGAAGCAGCGAAGAUGUCCAACGAGCCACCCCCUCCUUAUCCUGGGGGCCCCACAGCCCCACUUCUGGAGGAGAAAAGUGGAGCCCCGCCCACCCCAGGCCGUUCCUCCCCAGCUGUGAUGCAGCCCCCUCCAGGCAUGCCACUGCCCCCUGCGGACAUUGGCCCUCCACCCUAUGAGCCUCCAGGUCACCCAAUGCCUCAGCCUGGCUUCAUGCCCCCACACAUGAGUGCAGAUGGCGCCUACAUGCCUCCAGGUUUCUACCCUCCUCCAGGCCCCCAUCCACCCAUGGGCUACUACCCCCCAGGGCCGUACACACCAGGGCCCUACCCUGGCCCUGGGGGCCACACAGCCACAGUCCUGGUCCCUUCAGGAGCUGCCACCACGGUGACAGUGCUACAGGGAGAGAUCUUUGAGGGUGCGCCCGUGCAGACAGUGUGUCCCCAUUGCCAGCAGGCCAUCACCACCAAGAUCUCCUAUGAGAUUGGCUUGAUGAACUUCGUGCUGGGUUUCUUCUGUUGCUUCAUGGGAUGUGAUCUGGGCUGCUGCCUGAUCCCCUGCCUCAUCAAUGACUUCAAGGAUGUGACGCAUACGUGCCCCAGCUGCAAAGCCUACAUCUACACGUACAAGCGCCUGUGCUAACGGAGCUGGGACUCAGGACUCCCCCGCCUGUCAGUCUGGCCCCCUGUGCUUUGCUCCCUGCGCCUGGUGGUCACUUUCCCGCUCCCACUUGGGGCUGGGAGCUGUGCCACCAUCCCCUAGAAGUCCUGUCCUCUUCACCUUGCCCUAUCCUGAGCAGCUGACUUUUCUGGCAAAAAUUCUGUUGGGAUUUAAGGCCAAGGGUCAGUGGGUGGCAGGGGGCUAGCACUGAGCUUGUGGUGGUGUUGGUCUGCUUGGUGUUUGUGAUCAGGAAGAUAAAUUGGGAGGGGUCUCCUGCUGGGGUCCUCAUUCCUCCAUUUCCAAACAAGGUACAGGUUCAGUCCAGACUCUUUCUCCCUGGGACCAAAAGCAGCUAGAGCAAUGACCAGUUAGUUCCCUAGGCCUGUAGCCAUGGUCGUUUCUGACCUGCUGGGUCAAGAAUGGGUAAGUUGUGUGGAGUCAGGUAGACCCAGGUAGGACAGGGUCACAAAGCCUGGGUUUGUUUCUGGGUACUUUGUGCCUCUGGGGUGCUAGAGGUGGGGCAUGGUGGUCGGAAGUAAAGACUGCCAACUCUGGCCCUCAGAACUCUCAGGUAUAGAAACCCAGGAUGUCUAAUACCCUGUCCCAGUGCCCAAAAGCUGCCUGGUGUCAGAUAAAGAGGACACUGUACCUGGGUGAGUGAUCAGACCCUGGUAGCUAAAAAGGAACUUGUCCCUUUGAGUCAGUGUGCAGACCCCCUUUCUGGCCAUGCUUCUGUGAACCCUUUAUGCUGGGGCUGGAAGGAGCCCCUGAGCCUGGCCCCUUCCCGUCUGCCCUGUGUCCUCACUGUGUGUGGGUGUGAGCUCUGCCCAGUGGCUGAUGUGUCCCAGCUGGUACAAGAGAUGGCAGAGGGUUCCCCUUGUGAGUGCACUUGGAUGUGAAGAGCCCUCUCCCUGAGUUUUCUUCCUAAUAAGUGCAGGCCCCUCGCCCCAGCUGACAGGCUGUUGCUGUGCCUGCUCAGCAGGCACAUUGGGCUGGGGGCAAGGAAGGUAGAACUGCCUGGGUGGAUACCAGCCCUGCCCUGUCUUUAUUUCCUGAAUGGUUUGUUUGUGAACUUGCUCACCUGGACCGCUGUAUCCUGCCACUGUCCUUCCUGGUCUCGCACUGCCACUGCAUGGCCUCCUGUCACUGUGAAUCGUGGCCCAGUCUCAGUUUGUAGUUCUCCUCAUUAAAUUGGCCCUUUCACUCUCCCGCCCUGGGCCUCUGCUCUCUU